AAAUCCAUAUUUUAUAUAAAACAAAGAUUUAAAAAGCAGAAAUCAACUUGCUUUUCUAUCCUUUAUUAGUGGGUCAUGGCAAAACGCUCUAAAGCUCCUAAUAGCCAAGAGCUAAAACUCCAUUGACAUCAGUCCACUCCCUCUUGUCUUUUCUCCUCCUCUCUCUCUCUCUCUCUCUCUCUCUCUCUCUCUCUCAAACAAGAUGGCUACUAAGUUAACCCUAAUCCUCUCCACCGUCUUCUUCACCUCCAUACUUCUCCAUCUUCCCACCAUGACCAUGUCCGAUGACACAUGUCCGUAUCCAUGUUAUCCUCCGCCUACAGGCACCGGCACAGGCACAGGCACAGGCACAGGCACAGGCACCGGCACUACACCUCCACCACCGGCGUCUCAGACAGGAUCAUACCCACCACCCGGAAACUACCCAACGCCGACAGGGAAUUUCCCAUAUUACCCAUCACCACCUUCUGGUAACAACUACUAUGGUCCUCCUCCUCCUGACCCUAUCUUGCCUUAUUUCCCAUUCUACUAUAGAAAGCCUCCUCACAAGACUGAAGUGUCAUCGGCGCCGAGCAGUGUUCCGAGGUCAAGACUCAUAUUGAUCGCGCCAGCUUGCACUUUUCUUUUGGGUUUUUCUUUAAUAUUGUAAGUGAAAAUAUUUAAUUAUUAGUACUUAUGUAUUAUGGGAAGAUUUUAUAGCUUAAUUUUGCUAUAUAUGGUAGUUGCGGAAAGUGGUUCAGAAACUGGUUGACAGCAGGAGAAAGAACUAUUCUUGUCAAUAUAUUUUUCUUUUUUAUUGCUAA